AUGCUCGGGAAGAUAAUUGCUCCCCCAAGAGCAGGGUUACAACGCAGGACUGUUGCAAGAGCAAGUCGACAGCUUCACCUUGCGCCGCCUUUCCUUGUUGAUGAGUACAUUCCUCGAUAUCACCUGCUGUCUUCUGUGGACGCCUCUCACAAACGAUCUCUAGCUUAUGCUCAUUUGCGGCAUUGCAAUCUUUGUCCGCGUCUUUGUAGCGUCAAUCGAUAUGAGAGAUCUGGCUUCUGCCUCAUCGGCGCCGAAACUGUCAAAGUGAACGUUAUCAGCCCUCACUUCGGGGAGGAGCCCUGCAUACAGGGCCAUAAUGGUAGUGGCAGCAUCUUCUUCUCCGGCUGCAAUUUACGAUGCGUUUUCUGCCAGAACCAUGACAUUGCACAUCAAAGGAAAGGAUUCGACCUAACCCCAGAAGAUCUUGCUGACUGGAUGAUCAAACUGCAAGAUGUGGGAAAAGUGCAUAAUAUCAACUUUGUUACACCGGAACAUGUUGUUCCGCAAGUGGCCCUUGCUAUACUACAAGGACGUGAGAUAGGUCUCAAAGUUCCGAUCAUUUAUAACACGUCAGCCUUCGAUUCUCUCGAUUCCCUAGAGCUGAUGGACGGACUGGUUGACGUAUACUUGCCCGAUCUAAAAGCAUGGCACAAAGAAACAAGCAAGCGAUUGCUCAAGGCAGUCAAUUACACAGAGACAGCGAUGGAAAGUAUCAAGGCCAUGUACAAGCAGGUAGGAGACCUCACUUUCACGGGCGACGGUAUUGCGAAGAAGGGCUUGCUAGUAAGGCAUCUGGUGAUGCCCGGAAAAGAGGAUGAAGGAGUUGCAAUCAUGAAGUGGCUAGCUCAGAGCAUAUCUAAGGAUACUUUUGUCAAUAUUAUGGAGCAGUAUCAUCCUGAUGCUCAUGUCGGCAAGAAGAAAAGGGGUCCGUCUCAGCCUAGAAGUAUGAGUGAGGAGGUGAGAUAUGCAGACAUCAACCGAGCAGCUACAGCGGAUGAGGUGGGUGCUGUCACGAAGGCUGCAAGGGAGGCUGGUCUGUGGCGAUUUGCUGAAGCUGCAAAACAUGGGGGAUUCAACCUAUGA